CCGGGGUGGUGGCCUCGUGGCUGCCUCGCUGCCGGGAGCGCGCCUCGUGCCUCCAAGACUUUCCGCCAAGAGGCUUGCCUUUCGCCUGGCUCCGCCCCGGGUGUUAUUAUCUGCACAUCGCCCCGCUUCGCCUUGUCCCGGAAAGGAGGAAGUGGCCGCUAGUACAGUAGUUGUUGUGGAUGGUGGGCGCUCCUCCCGGGGCGAGCUGAAGUGAGGGGGGUGAGCAGGCGUGCCUUUCUCUUCCCUUGGGCGCGCAACAGCCCUGCCUGCUCCUGAGCUCAUGUUGCUGUUUACCAGAGAAGAAGCACGUUGGAGUAAAAAUGGAUUUGAAGGCUCGAAGUUACUUGCUUCGGAAUCGAGAGGCUCUGGAAAGAGAUAUCAAAAUUUCCUAUAUAAUGGACCAUAUGAUUACAGAUGGAGUAUUAACUUUGCUGGAAGAGGAGAAAGUAAAAGCUGAGACAACACAAAGAGAAAGAGCAGCUAUGCUGGUAAAACUAAUUCUUGCUAAAGAUGAUUAUGCAUACAUAUCUUUUUACAAUGCUCUGGUUCAUGAGGGGUACAAAGAUCUUGCUGCCCUUCUCCAGGACGGUAUCCCUAUUAUUUCUCCUUAUAAUGGAAAGAAUUCUAUGGAUGGAGAAACCUCAUACGUUAAGACUGUUCUCUGUGAAGGUGGAGUUCCACAACGACCAGUGGUGUUUGUCACCCGCCCAGAAUUAGCAAAGAGAAUUCAAGAGAAACUACAUAAAUUGAAAAGUGAUCCAGGUUGGGUUGUUGUAUAUGGCAUGGCAGGCUGUGGAAAGUCUGUUUUGGCAGCAGAAGCACUACGUGACCACAGUCUUUUGAAAGAUUGCUUCCCAGGAGGAGUACACUGGGUUUCUGUUGGAAAACAAGACAAGGCAGGUCUGUUAAUGAAGCUCCAAAAUCUGUGUCUGAGAUUAGACCAGGAUUUCACUUAUUCACAGAGGCCACCACUUAAUAUUGAGGAAGCAAAAGAUCGCCUCCGUUCAUUGCUGUUGCGCAAAUAUCCAGGAUCUCUCUUGGUGCUGGAUGAUAUUUGGGAUCCGUGGGUACUAAAAGCCUUUGACAGUCAGUUCCAGAUUCUUAUCACCAGUAGGGACAGGAGUGUAACAGACUCUGUAACUGGCAAAAAAUAUAAAGUUCCUGUGGAAAGUGGACUAACACAUGAAAAGGCACUUGAAAUAUUAUCCUUAUUUGUUAACAUGGAAAUAACUGAGUUGCCAGAAAAAGCUGAUAGUAUUGUAAGAGAAUGCAAAGGUUCUCCUCUUGUAGUGUCUUUGAUUGGAGCAUUAUUACGAGACUUCCCCAAUCGCUGGGAAUAUUACCUUAAACAACUUCAAAACAAACAGUUCAAAAGAAUAAGGAAAUCAUCAUCUUAUGAUUAUGAAGCACUUGAUGAAGCAAUGUCUAUCAGUGUUGAGAUGUUGCCAGAAAAUUUUAAAGACUAUUACAGAGAUCUUUCAGUCCUUCAGAAGGAUGUUAAAGUGCCUUCAAAGGUAUUCUGUAUUCUUUGGGAUAUGGAGACAGAAGAAGUUGAGGACAUACUGCAAGAAUUCAUUAACAAAUCUCUCUUAUUCUGUGAUCGGAAUGGGAAAUCGUUCCAUUAUUAUUUACAUGAUCUUCAGCUUGAUUUUCUGACUGAGAAGAAUCAUGGUCAGCUUCAAACACUACAUAAAAAAGUAGUUCAUCAAUACAAGAAGCAUUAUAAACAGUAUGUACCAACUUCAACACAAGAAGAUUGCAUUUACUGGUAUUAUUUUCUGGCGUACCAUAUGGCAAGUGCCAACAUGCAAAAUGAACUCAGUGAUCUCAUGUUUUCACUAGAUUGGAUUAAAACCAAAACAGAAUUGGUAGGACCUGCUCAUUUGAUUCAUGAGUAUGUUGAAUACAGUCACAUACUAGAUCAGAAGGAUACUAUUGUACGUGAGAACUUCCAUGAAUUUCUGUCUUUAAAUGGACAUCUCCUUGGGCGGCAGCCAUCCCUAGACAUUGUACAACUUGGACUAUGUCAGCCAGAAAGCUCAGAAGUAUAUCGACAAGCAAAACUAAAAGCUCUGCAAGAACUGAAUAAAGGAUCCUUUUAUGUGGAAUGGAUAAAUAAAAAAUCCAUAAAGAACAUGUAUCGUCUGGUUGUGCGUCCUCAUACAGAUGCUGUUUACCAUGCUUGUUUUUCCCAGGACAGACAGAGAAUAGCUUCAUGUGGAGCAGAUAAAACAUUGCAGAUAUUUAAAGCUGAAAGUGGAGAGAAACUUCUGGAAGUAAAAGCUCAUGAUGAUGAAGUGUUGUGUUGUGCUUUUUCAGCAGAUGACAGAUUUGUUGCAACUUGUUCCGCGGAUAAAAAAGUAAAAAUCUGGAAUUCAAGAACAGGUCAACUUGUGUGCUUAUUUGAAGAACAUGUAGAAGAGGUCAACUGCUGCCAGUUUAACAAAACAAGUAGUCACCAAUUUCUCUUAGUCACGUGUUCAAAUGACAGGUUUGUCAAACUCUGGGAUGUGAACAAGAAAUACUGUCGUAAUACAUUGUUUGGCCACAGGAAUUCUGUUACUCACUGCAGAUUUUCACCAGAUGAUAAAUAUGUGGCUAGCUGUUCAGCAGAUGGAACUUUAAAGCUUUGGCAUGUACAGUCAGCAAACGAACUAAAAACUAUUGACAUAGGUGACUUCUUCAGAAAUGUGGAAGAUUAUCAGACUGAUGGAGAAUUGUUAGUAAAGUGUUGUUCCUGGUCAUCUAAUGGAGCCAUAAUUGUGGCGGCAGCCAAAAAUAAGCUUUUUAUUUUUGACGUUAAGUCCAGUGAUUUGUUGGCAAAUAUCGUUAUAAGUCACCACAAUACUAUUCAGUAUUGUGACUUUUGUCCAAACAGUCAGAUGGUAGCAGUUGCUCUAUCACAUUAUUCUGUUGAGAUAUGGGAUAUUGAUUCCUUGUCCAAAGUAGCUGACUGCCGAGGACAUAUGAGCUGGGUGCAUUCUGUGUCAUUUUCUUUUGAUGGAUCUUUAUUUCUGACUUCAUCUGAUGACCAGACAAUAAGGAUUUGGGAGACAAGUAAAGUAUUCAAGUCCUCUGCCAUUGUAUUAAAACGUGAAAUAGAUGUUUUGUUUCCAGACAAUGAGGCAAUCAUUUUAGCCAUUGACAGUUCAAAGUAUCUGCAACUAAUCAAUGGAAACACAGGCCAUACAGUUUAUCUGACUGAAACGCAGGCAUCAUGCAUUUGCUGUUGUUGCCUAAGUGAAGAUCUGCAGGUUGCUGCAUUUGGACAGAAGAAUGGAACAGUAAAGGUAAUAAACCUGCCAAAUGGAAAUGUUUUAAAAUCCAGAACUGGACACACAGAAGCUGUGCAACAUUGUCAGUUUACUUCUGAUGGAAACACUCUUGUUUCAAGCUCAGAUGACUCUACUAUACAGGUGUGGAAUUGGCAGUCAGAGGAAUGCAUUUUUCUCAAAGGCCACAAUGAACCUGUCAAAAACUUUUCUCUUUUGAAACAUUUAAGGCUUUUUUCAUGGUCAUUUGAUGGGACAGUUAAGCUCUGGAACACAGUUAGUGGAGAACUGGAAAGAGAUCUUACUUGCCAUGAAGAUGCAAUUCUUUCUUGUGCUAUUUCACCUGAUGGCACUAUGUUUUCCACUGCAUCUGCUGACAAGACUGCUAAGAUAUGGCGUUUUGAAAGUUUGUCAAUUCUUUAUAAACUAAAUAGUCACAAAAGCUGUGUGAGAUGUUGUGCUUUCUCCAGUAAUAAUGAAUUAUUGGCCACAGGAGAUGACAAUGGAGAAAUAAGGAUAUGGCGUUUUGAAAGUUUGUCAAUUCUUCAUAAACUAAAUAGUCACAAAAGCUGUGUGAGAUGUUGUGCUUUCUCCAGUAAUAAUGAAUUAUUGGCCACAGGAGAUGACAAUGGAGAAAUAAGGUGGUGGAAUGUGGAUACUGGCCAGCCUCUACAAACAUUCUACACAAAUGGAACCAAUCUGAAAUCAUUGCAUGUAUCCCCAGAUUUCAGAGUAUGUGUAACUGUAGAUAACCUUGGCAUUCUUUAUGUGCUACAGAUUAUGGAAAAAUCUUUUUAAGACAGUUUUUGCAACUGUAUUUUUUUUUUUGAGCCAGAAGCAAUUCUAGACAAAUCUUUUUAAUGCUUAUGAAACUGUGAAGUAAUUUUUUACUUUGACGUGGACUAAGUAGAUGGUACAUUUGUAAUUUUUUUUCUGAAUCAACAGGUAUUCCUCUUGUGCUUGAUCAGUGCUGUUCAGUUUGAUUUUCAUCAUGUAAGUAGCUUUUGCCAUGGCUACUUGCAAUGAGAAUAAUUACACGAAGGCUAGAAUCCAGCAGGGUGCUUCUGUGGUAUUUUUGAAAAUGGACAUAAUACUGUAAAAAAAAGCUGGAGAUCUCUGUGGAGCUAAUUUCUGUGUGAUGUGUAGGCAUGGGAGCGGAAAAUAAGAGCGAUCACACUUGUGGUUAAGAGCUAGUACUGUGUUGGAUUUAGGUCAAGAUUUUGUACUAAUGACCACUGAGGAGUCUAAUACCUUGAAAUAUCAUUAUUGGUUUUUUUAAAAAAAAUCUAAACGAUAAUCCGUAACAUUUCACGAAAACUGUUUUACUAUAUAUAAUUUUGUGUUGGCAAAAGUUUUUUUUUUAAAAAAAAAACAUGUUUUUAAAAUGUAACUAGGAAAAAUGAGUUGCAACAGACUUAGUAUGCAAUGAUGAAGGACUGAAAAUUUCUAGUAGAAUAAAAUGAAAUAUCAGAUAAUACUGUUUUGAUAUUACAAGGAGUAGCAGAUCUGUGCUUUUUGUACAUGGUAAUCAAUGUUCCCUCUAAGGUGCAUGGGUACAUGAGUGUGCGGAGCUUCAUUGGCGCCGCACAGCAGCAGCUGAGGUUGAUGCCUGAUUACUUCUGGGGUUUGGAUGAAACCCUCCCACGUCCGUGCAGACGGGUGAGGCUCCCGUGCAGCAGGGAUGAUAAUUGGAGAGAACGUUGAUGGUAACAAAAACAGAGGUGGGAAAUUUGAAACAAACAAACAUCUGGGUGAGAUUCCCUCCGAAUAUCACCUGGCCUGAUUUUGGAAGUUGGAGAGUAUUUACUAGUUCACACACAUACCAGCCAAGUGGUUACAGUUGCUCUGUCCACUGUCUGAAAGACUAUUUGAGUACUUUUCAUGUUAGGUAUUUUGGGUUAAAUUUAAGCCAUUGCCUUUUGCUAUUUCUCAAACUUAAAUCUCAUCUGUUAAAAAAAUACACAAAUUGUAAUAAUGACUUGUUAAAAAAAUGAUACUUUAAAAAAUAAUGUGCAUCUCCUGUUUACAUUGUUUUUGGGUCCACAUUUUCAUUCUAGAGUGUUUGUAAUGAGAGGAAAGUGCUAUUUUUUUAAGGUAACCACAAAUAAAAUGAAUAAAACAGUAAAAAUUCCAGAUGUUUCCUAAGUGGUUAUAACUAAAUCUAACAAGAAUUUGUCACAGGUGAAACCACAGUACUUUUUACAAAAUC